GCCACCGGCUAUCAGGAGGAUAAGAGGAUUUGAGCUCUUUGGAUCCUACCCGAUUGAGACUCCCGCAAACAGAAAAAAGAAACAAAAUACCCAACACAAAACCCCAGCUCUCCAGCCAUCGUCUAAGCUUCCUGUUCGGCCGCUCCAAGCCUCCCACCUGGUUGGGAUUCCUGAGGACGGAAGAAAUCGAGGAAAAAAGGGGGAAAACAGAGGAAAAAUCAACGAAACAAACGAAAGACGGAAAAAUUGAAAGAUGUUCAAAAAUAUCUUCAGCAACACACGGAGGAAUGUAUUUUUUGUACCAGAGUACAGAAAAAGGGCAGUUUCAUAUGUUUUUAGAAACAAUUUUCAUGACGGACAGGUCCUCAGUGCCCCAAGAAGCUUCUUUGGUGUUGAAGAUUUCGUGGAUGAUGACAACAGCCGGCCAUACACAUACAAAAAGGAGAAGAAAUCAAAGAAUCCACAAAAGCAUGUUUCAUUCAAGCAGCGGACAAUAGCAUACAUGGAGCCCUUCUCACUCGAUGUGUUUAUAUCCAAGCGAUUUGUUUCAGCUUCACUCACCCACAGGGUGACAUGCAAGCAGGUUGCAGUCGCAGGGACCAACUCAAAAGACAUCAAGGCAGCUCUGCAGUCCAGAUCGGAUAUACCUGCUUGCCUGGCCAUUGGUCGGAUCUUAGCUGAGAGGGCAAGAGAAGCUGAUGUUUACACUUGUACUUACACUCCAAGAGACAGUGACAAGUUUGAAGGGAAGAUACGAGCUGUCGUUCAGUCCCUUAUAGAUAAUGGUAUCGAUGUUAAAGUUUAUCUUGAUUGAUGAUUCAUGGGUCCAUGAAAUCUUUGUAGGAGCAUUCUUAAAAAAGAGAACAUUGUAAAGUUGGUGUUUCUCAAUUAAUAUUUUAUGACCAAUUUAAAAUAAACUUGUUCA